AUGGUGAUCAUGUCAGAGUUCAGCAGGGCGGCAGCGGGCUCAGGCCAGGGGCAGCAGAAGCCCCUCCGAGUGGGCUUUUACGACAUCGAGCGGACCCUGGGCAAAGGCAACUUCGCGGUAGUGAAGCUGGCCCGGCAUCGAGUCACCAAAACCCAGGUUGCAAUAAAAAUAAUUGAUAAAACAAGAUUAGAUCCUGGCAAUUUGGAAAAAAUAUAUCGAGAGGUUCAGAUUAUGAAGCUUUUGAACCAUCCUCAUAUCAUAAAACUUUAUCAGGUUAUGGAAACUAAGGAUAUGCUUUACAUUGUGACUGAGUUUGCAAAAAAUGGAGAGAUGUUUGAUUAUUUGACCUCCAAUGGGCACCUGAGUGAGGAGGAAGCGCGGAAGAAGUUCUGGCAGAUCUUGUCAGCCGUGGAGUACUGCCAUAGCCACCACAUUGUCCACCGGGACCUCAAGACAGAGAACCUGCUGCUGGACAGCAAUAUGGACAUCAAGCUGGCAGAUUUUGGAUUUGGAAAUUUUUACAAGCCUGGAGAAGCCUUGUCCACGUGGUGUGGGAGUCCCCCAUAUGCUGCCCCAGAGGUCUUUGAAGGGAAGGAGUACGAGGGCCCUCAGCUUGACAUCUGGAGCCUUGGGGUUGUGCUGUAUGUGCUGGUCUGCGGCUCGUUGCCCUUUGACGGGCCCAACCUGCCCACACUGCGGCAGCGGGUGCUGGAGGGCCGCUUCCGCAUCCCCUUCUUCAUGUCCCAAGACUGCGAGUCUCUGAUCCGCCGUAUGCUGGUGGUGGACCCUGCUAAGCGCAUCACCGUGGCCCAGAUCAAGCAGCACCGCUGGAUCCAGGCAGCGCCUGUGCUAACGCAGUCUCCCUCCUUGGCCUUUGUGACCCAUGAUUACAACUCCAACCUGGGUGACUACAAUGAGCAGGUGCUGGGCAUCAUGCAGAUGUUGGGCAUUGACCGGCGGAGGACCGUGGAGUCAUUGCAGAAUAGCAGCUAUAAUCACUUCGCUGCCAUCUAUUACCUCCUCCUCGAGCGGCUGAAGGAGUACCGGAGCUCCCAGCUGCCCACUCGCCCAGGGCCUGCCCGGCAGCCCAGGCCCAGGAGCUCCGAGCUCAGUGGUUUUGAGGUAUCCCAGGAGGGCCUCACUGGUGACCCCCUCCGUUCACCCCUGCUGUGUCCACAGCACCAGACCCUGGUGCAGUCGGUCCUGCAGACUGAGAUGGACUGUGACCUCAACACCUCACUCCAGCCGUUGUUCUUCCCUGUGGAUGCCAACUGUGAUGGAAUGUUCCAGCACCGCUCCGUCUCCCCCAGCAGCCUGCUCGACACGUCCAUCAGCGAGGAGGCCAGGCAGGGCCCAGGCCUGGGCUUUGAGGAGCUGAGGGCACAGAAACCCCUACCCAGUGGCACAGGCCGGCGGCACACAUUGGCUGAGGUCACUGCCCACUUCUCCCCCCGCACCCCGCCAUGCAUUGUCAUUUCCUCCUCCUGUGCUGCAGCAGCGGGCUCGUCUGAAGGAACCAGCUCAGACAGCUGCCUGCCCUUCUCGGCAAGCGACGGCCCUGUGGGGCUCAGCAGCCUGGCUGCCCAGGGGCUGGACGGCACCUGUUUGCCUCUCCGAGUGGCUGCGCCAUGUGUGGGGGCCCAUUCUGCCACCCCAGUCCUACAGGCACAGGGAGCCUUGGGCAGUGCCGUCCCGCUCCCUGUCAGCUUCCAGGAAGGACGGAGGGCCUCAGACACCUCACUCACCCAAGGGCUGAAAGCUUUCCGACAGCAGCUGAGGAAGAGCACCAGGACCAAAGGGUUUCUGGGGCUGAACAAGAUCAAAGGCCUGGCCCGCCAGAUGUGCCAGCCCUCCUCCACCAGCCGGAACCCCAGAGGUGGCCUGACCUCCUUUCCACUCCCCUCCCAGAACACUGGUCCCUACAGCAGUGGGGGCAACAGCCGCGAGGGCCGAAGCUUGCUUGAGGCGGUGCUCCACCAGCAGAGGCUGCUCCAGUUACAGCACCACCCAGCAGCCCAGGCCAGCUGCCCACAGGCGCCCCCACUGCCCCAGGCUUCCUAUGUCCUCGCCCCCUGUGAUGGCUCCGGCGUUCCUCCACUCUCCAGCACCCUACUGGUGUCAGGACUCCAGAAGGAGCUAGUGCUGGGGCCUAGCCCACUCCGGCCAACCCAACUCUUCCCAGCUGCUGCCUCCCCCAUGGCCUCGACGGCCCAACUUCUGGAUACCCACCUGCACAUCAGCUCCACGGCAGCACCCGUUGUCCCUGCUGUGACCUCACAGCCCCACUUUGCCAUGCUGCCCCCUGGCUUCGACCCCGCCGGGCUGGCACAGGGGGACUGUGAGAUGGAGGACCUCACGACGGGCCAGCUGGGCACCUUUGUGCUGGUGCAGUGA